AUGAUUGAACCCAACAGUUUGGGUCUAAUUAGUUUAGAAACUAAUUUGGCAACAACCGAUAUUGAUGAAGAAAAUCGUAUAAUUAAAAUCGGGCAAGCAGAAAUCAAGGAGAAGAGGGGGGCUAGCCAAGAAAAUCCCAAUAGUGGAGGAAGCCAAGCCUUAAAAUUGCUACAUAAAUUAGUCCCGGAAUUUACUAAAACUCACCCCAGCACCAGCACGGAUUUUUUUUUAGCCGAACAUUUAACUGAUCCGCAACUAAUUGAGCAAAAAAUAAAGGAGGGCCAAGAAGGCAAAAUUGUUUAUACUGAUUUUUGGAUGUUUGCCAAGAAAAAAGGCUGUGUUAAUCCUUAUUUAGAUUAUUGCCAAGAGUUAAAAUUACAAGACAAAAAAAAAGGCAAAAAAUUAGCCAAUGUUUUGUAUGGGGUUUUAGGUCGCAAUCAAAGAAUUGGAUAUGUUUUUCACCCCUUCCAUUUAGCAGUAAAUCAUCUAGCUAUUUUAAAAACUUAUUAUUUAUAUCGGCAAUUUAAACCAGAGGAUGUCUUGGCCAUUAGGAGUGAUUGUAUUUAUGUGAAAGGGGAAUUACCGGAUAAAUUGUUAAUUGAAAGAAAAAAAUACCAUAUUAGCCAAUUUCAAAAAAUAACCUUAGCAAAUCAAGACACACUUUUCAUCCAUGAUACCCAGGAGUUAAAAACUUUUUCUAAUUCUGCUAGCCAUCGACAGGAUUGUCCCCAAAAUAAUCCCCAGGCAAAAGGUUUAGAAAGAGAAGAAAUCAAGGAAGCGAUUAAAGAUAAUGAGAAAAAACAAAAGGAGUUAAAAGACGAGAUUAAAGAAAUAGAAAAAGAAAGAAAAGAAAUUUUAACUAGUAGUGAUGAAGAUAAGGCUGAUAAAGCUAAGGAAAAGUUAGAACAAAAAGAAGAGAAGAUGAAAGAAUUACAAGAAAUAGAGACCACUCUGAAUGAUUUAAAAAUAUUACCUAAUAAAAUUAGUUGGAAUAAUGGAGCUUUAUUAGGAGCGGGUGCCGCUUUUUUAGGAGGUUUUUUUACGGGGGGAAUGACUUGGUCGCUAAUUCCAGUUGCUCUAGCCGGAGGAGCCGCCGCUCUCAAUGAAAAAAUUGCUAAAUUAGAAGAACAACGCAAUCAAAUAUUAAAAAAAUUAGAAACGGAAACUGACCCUACCGAAAAGGCCAAAUUAAUCGCUUUCCAGCAAGAAGGCAAUAAACCUUAUUUAGGAAGUUUUAAAAAUUGGGGAAUAAUUGCUUUAUUUGUGCUGAUAGGCAUUAUCCUCGUAGUCUUUAUUAAGAAAUUAUUUAAAAAAUUUUUAGGCAUGGAAGAUUUUCGCAACAUCGUCAAUGUCUCCGAAGCUCGUCGCAGUUGUAAAGGGCAUGAGGUUCGGCAUGGCUCGGCGGAAGAGGGUCAUAGCAGUUGUGGAAGUUGUGCCGGUAAUUAUUACUCGGGUGGAGAGUGUAAUUACGGCGGGAGGCAUCGCUUAACGGAUGAUUUGAAUCAAAUUAAUCAAAAUUUUCAGGGCUUUGAAGUAUUGGUUUCGCGGCACGCUCGCUUAAAGAAAGUUAAAGACGAAGGAGAAUUUGACCGCGAAAAAAAGGAGUUAAUUACCGCUUUUGAAAAUAUGAAAAGCCGCUGUGAAAACGCUCAAGGCUUUUUUUAUGGUUCUUGUAUUGGUUUAGAUGGCACUCAAGCCAAAUUUAAUUCGGCUGUUAAUGCUCGUUUUCAACAAUUCGCUCGCGAAUUAGGCGGUUUUAUCGAUAAAGUAAAAAAAAUUGGUUUUCAACAGUUUGCGGAAUUUAAGAUGAAAUUGGAGAAGUUAGAAAAUAUGAAAGCCGAAGCAGCCAAAUUAGGCGAGCAAAUAAAAAAUGAAAAAGAUCCAGCCAAGAAAAAGCAAUUAAUGGCAGCCUUGGCUACUUUGAAAGAUAAUAUGGGUAGUUUACAAAAAGAAUUACAAAAACACCCCUGUAAAGAUUUAUUUGAUAAAGAUGUUGGCGAUUUCUUAAAUAAUAUUUUGCAGGGUAUUAUUACUGGUAAUACUCCUGGUGGAGGAAGAAAGCAACCUUUUACUGGUCGUUUUCCUACCGGUGGCAAUAAAAGUGUUCCUGAUGAUAAUUCCCAACCUGAUGAGCAAACUAAGAAAGGCUUGUUUUCCCUCUCUCCAACCACCAAGGAAAGUUUAAAAAAAGUAGCCUUAGAAGAAACUUACACUCUCCACCCCUCUGCUAAAAAUAAAUACUCCCCACAAAAAGAACAAGAACUCCUCACCACCCUCACCCAACUAAUAGAAAGCAUAGACAACUCCCCUUAUCACUCCUCCUCCAACACUUACUCCUCCCCAAGUGAACAAGAUGAAGAAUAUCACUCUCUCCCAGACCUAGACCUCUACCAAGAAGGAAAAUUAAUCACCUGA